AUGGUACCCAUGCCUGGUUUGCGUGCAGCAGAGCUAGCUUACGGUGGUAUCUCACCACGUCGCAUUCAACAACGAUCACCGACAGUUUCUGAUGCCCAGUUCUUCUUAUCAACUGGCUAUGCCACACCUAACCGGGAUACCGAACUCAUCGUUUGUCAAACUGAUGAUCCGACCUGUUCAAAACCUCAGAUCAUGAAUACGGUUAAUAGUCCUGGAUUCGGACAAGCUGGUCUACGAUUAACAUUUACUCAUCCGCUCGGAUUGCCGAUCAUGCUCAUUCCCGAAGCUCGAUAUGCCUCGCGUGACAACCGCGUGACGGGCUACAUGAUCGAAGCUUGUCAAGAUCCUCUAUGUCAAUUACCACGUUUACGUGCAUCACUUCCAUUCAAUCUCACGGGCAAGGCCUAUUGCGAGGGUACAAGUGUGGAUGUAGCUCUUAAUCGCUUUGGACAACCAUCGUGGCUCACUUUGUGCGGAUCAGAACUCAAUCUGAUUCAUUGUCUGACCGCAACGUGUAAUCAAACAUCGGUGACUCAGUUCAAUAUUAACCGCGACUGGGUCUACUUCGUUUAUCUAGCCGUGGAUUCACAGUUUCGCUUUACAAUCACGACUACUGGACAAACGCCACAAUCCGAUAUUACCUAUAUUCGCUGUCUUGAUCCUGAUUGCACUGAAUCGAUUCAAUCUCAACUCACUAUUGCCAAUCGAUCGUCACCAACGCGAUCUCCCAUUGUACGUGUCCAAGUUGUCAUCGAUCCACUUACCGACUUACCAGUAUUCCAUCUAACGGGUUCUAUAUAUCCAUCGAAUGUUCCUGUGUACAUGUUUGUGGCAUGUCAAAAUGUUGAAUGCGAUAUGUCUCGAGCUAUCUAUAUUAACUAUGGAGGAGGUGCACUUUAUGAGAAGCAAAUAAUUCACUCGAUUCAUUAUCAAUUAAAACGUGAUCGUCUUAUUCUACGACGUACAGCCGAUCAAAAUAAUAUAUAUUAUUUUGGUUGUCUUGAUGAAUUUAAUGCUAUGGCUAAUAAUUAUAUGGAAAAUGCAAAUUGUUUUGAAAUGAUUGGUAUUAUUGAUGAAUUUGAUUCGAAACAACAACAAUUAACUAAAACUAUUAAAUCUAUUGAUUUAACUUUACAUGAAUUAGAAUGA